ACAAAGGAGAGGCCUCGGAAAAAAACAAGAUUCCAAAACGCUUGGCUCACGAAAUUUCUCUCUUUGAGCAUUGCGGGCUUCGUGUCAUGAGCAUAAAAACACACUUCCUCUCUUUCUCUUUUUCAUUCACAGUGUAUAAUGGGAAGCACAUAGCAAUAGCAUUAUUAUAGCAGAUGGUGUUUCUCAUCAAGCUAUGGCAUCACUGUGUCUCAUGAACUCAUUGCCAGUUCCACCAUCUUCUUCUCACUCUCCAAAGCUCACUGAAACUUCUCUUCCUCCUUCUCCUUUGGUUCUUCAUAGUAACAAUAAUCAUAGUGUAUCAGCACGUGCCUUGAAGCCCAUAGUUGUUAGUGGAGAUCCUCCAACUUUUGUUUCUGCUCCUGGUCGCAGAAUUCUCGCUGUUGGAGAUCUACAUGGAGAUCUUAAGCAGGCUAGAUCUGCACUUGAAAUGGCUGGUGUAUUGAGUUCUGAUGGUCAAGACUUAUGGACUGGUGGAGAAACGGUGUUGAUUCAAGUUGGAGACAUACUAGAUCGAGGUGAAGAAGAAAUUGCUAUCUUGUCCUUGCUGCGAUCAUUGGAUAAACAGGCGAAGGCAAAAGGCGGAGCUGUGUUUCAGGUAAAUGGAAACCAUGAGACUAUGAAUGUGGAAGGUGAUUUUAGAUAUGUUGACUCUGGGGCAUUCGAUGAGUGCAAUGAUUUCUUGGAAUAUGUCAAUGAUUCAGAGGAUGGCUGGGAAGAAACUUUUACCGGUUGGGUUGAUGUGUUUGAAAGGUGGAAAGAACAACGAACAAUGUCCAAUGGUUACUGGGGUCCUUGGAAUUUAGUGAAGUUUUCCAAUUAUUUAGGACAGAGGCAAAAGGGAGUCAUUGCUAGAUCAAUCCUCUUUAGGCCUGGCGGCCCACUGGCACGUGAGCUCGCAAGACAUGCUGUUGUACUUAAGGUCAAUGACUGGGUGUUCUGUCAUGGUGGCCUUCUUCCUCACCAUGUUGCAUAUGGCAUAGAGAAGAUGAACAAAGAAGUAUCUGAGUGGAUGAGAGGCUUGAGACAGAAUGACAAUACUCCAAAUAUCCCUUUUAUUGCCACUAGAGGCUAUGACAGUGUUGUUUGGAAUCGUCUAUAUUCAAGGGAUGCACCAGAUUUGGUGGACUAUCAGGAUAAACAGGUAUGUUCUGUUCUUGAGGAGACUCUGCAAGCAGUUGGUGCCAAGGCAAUGGUGGUAGGGCAUACUCCUCAAACUAUAGGUGUGAAUUGUAAAUACAAUUGCAGCAUAUGGCGUGUAGAUGUUGGAAUGUCCAGUGGAGUUCUUAAUUCAAGACCAGAGGUUUUAGAGAUUAUAGAUGAUAAAGCGAGAGUCAUAAGAAGCAAACGGGACAGAUACAGUGAAGAACUUCAGGCUGUUGCAUACACUUAAAAGACAAGGACAUGGUUUAUUAGUAUUUUGCAGGAAAGUACAUGUUGCAUGCAUCCAGCUAUUAGUGAAGUCCAACAAUGGCAAAUUUAUUCAAUGCACAUUGUUGUUAGUUGUUUGCUUCACCUUGUGAUUCUAUAACUAACUUUGACAAUUCAAAAAUGUUGUCCCAUGCCAUAUAAUUUAUACGAUAUCAAAUUUUCAAUGUCUUGUGAAA